UCAGUGGGAGCAAUUUGUCUAUUGGUGGGAGGAAGCUACAAUUGAAACUCCAUGAGUCUCGAGUGCAGAGUCUGAAGGACUCCCAGGAAAAAUUAAAGACUCAAGUGCAGGAUUUAAAAAUGAAAUGUAAAACAUCCGGAUGCCUCCCUACUCAAACCACUUCAUCAGCACCCUCGGCUCCUUUAUAUCCCCAAUUAGUUAAGGCUGAAAGGGAGGAGGGAAAGGAACAGGUUAAUUUGAAAAUUCAGCUCAGCCUAGAGAUAAAGAGAAAGCUGGUCUGCAUUCAAGGUCAAGAAUCAACACAGUCUGCCUUGCUCUGCAUGCCAGGCACCAAAAAACCCAGCUGACUGUGAAAAAUAUAGACAGAGGCAAAACAAAGGCAACACAAGUUACAGGACUGAGAUUACAUUUGCAAAGGUUAGCCGCACAGUGAGACCCAACAGUCUGCCUUUGCGAGCCUGGAGCCAGUGCGGUUUGGGGAUGCUGAAGAAACCACAGGCAGCCAGCCUGGACUGGAAUACUGAGCAAAGGUCUCUGAAAGGGAUGCCCCAAGAGACUCCAGGGUGAAAAAGCCAAGUGUGGAAGCAAGUUGGAGAUUUAUUUUGCAGCGUUCCUCUGGACAACCUGUGCAUAGGAUAACCUCCCGUCCACCUCUCUCUCUGUCUCUCCUACCCCCAGGCCUGGCCAGCCUGGGCAGCGUGUUUACAAGUAAAAUUAAAUGGGUCCAGUAACUGGAAUGACUCCAGAUAAGAAAGCUGAAGCACCCGGAGCAGAAAAGGCUGCAGGAUUAAGACAGAUUUACAGAAUGGGAAGCUUGCCUGAAGCAGUUGAUGCUGCUAGGCCGAAGGCCACAUUAGUGGACAGCGAAUCAGCAGAUGAUGAGCUCACAAAUUUGAACUGGCUUCAUGAAAGUACUAAUCUUCUAACAUACUUCAGUCUUGGAAGUGAGGGUCUUCCAAUUGUUAGUCCUAUAUAUGACAUUGAGGGUGAUAACGUGCCAUCUUUCUCACCAUCCUGCUACCAGAAUCUGGAAAAAAAAUCAGCCACUUCCAAACCUCCUUAUUCCUUUAGCCUUCUCAUUUACAUGGCUAUUGAACAUUCUCCUAAUAAAAGUUUGCCAGUCAAAGAAAUCUACAGCUGGAUUCUGGAACGCUUCCCAUACUUUGCCACAGCACCCACAGGGUGGAAGAACUCUGUUCGACACAAUCUUUCCUUGAAUAAAUGUUUCCAAAAGGUGGAGAGAAGCCAUGGCAAGGCUUUGGAAUCUUUAAACUGGCGAGGGGGCUCCCUUGGUGCUGGAGAGAUGUGUUUUGCUGUCCUUGUGAAAAUCUACCCAGACAUAGCUGAGGUGAAUGGAAAAGGUUCAUUAUGGUGUGUUGAUCCAGAAUAUAAGCCAAAUCUUAUACAAGCACUGAAAAAGCAACCUUUUCCCUCAGCACUUGCAUUUUAUACCCCACCGGCAUCACCACCGAGUAGGUCAUCCUGUCCUCAUUACUUAACCUCAGUACUUAAGCAGAAUCAUGGCCGGUCUCUCAAAGAAUCUGAUAUUGAUGCUGCUACUGCAAUGAUGCUGCUAAAUACUUCCAUUGAACAAGGGAUUUUAGACUGUGAGAAGGCCAAACCUCUCAAGAUGCCCAAGAAGAGGAGUUAUGACAGUGCAUUUAAUCAUCACAGUUCCAUAAACCUGCAAGAAAAUCAUUCUGCAGCCACUAAUAUUGAUCCAAAGGAGGAUCACAAUUACAGUGCUAGCAGCAUGGCUUUACAGUGUUGUGCAUCUAGGUCCAGCAUGUCUUCCUUGUCCUCUGUUGAUGAGGUGUAUGAAUUUAUCUCCAAGACCAGCCAUGCAGGAAGCGAUGGCAGUGAAGGAUUUCAUAGUGAAGUGGAUACGGACAUUGACUAUGAAGACGACCCUCUUGGAGACAGUGGCUAUGCAGCACAACCGUGUGUAGAUACCUCUGACAAAAGUCAGCCUAGCAAGAAAGCUCUCAAGGAGUUAUGUCAAGAAAUUGAUGAGGAGCUGAAAGAGGCAGCUGGGUCUCUGCUCCACCUGGCUGGAAUCAGCACAUGUUUGGGUUCCCUAAUAAGUACUGCAAAGACCCAAAGUCAAAAGCAGAGGAAAAAAUAGUAAUGCUUGUUAGUGUGAAUAUAUACAUAUAUAUUUUUUAAGUGUGGCAAUACUCUUCUACUUUUACCCUUCACAAGGAAGAUCAAAGCCAUAAGAGGACUUGUUUUUUAUUUUUUGAUGCUAAUUAUAGUUUGGCCUUUUAUUUUCAAAUCAUUGCUUAGAAAAUGUUUUAUUUAAUCUUUACAGAUUAGGAGAGAUGCAUGACAUGUGAAAACCUAACUGUAUACUUUUUGAUAACCAGUGAUUGAAUAGUUGACCAUUUACAGAGCAAUGCAUAGGUUCAGAUGCAUGUUAUGGGUGAAAUUUACCCCUGUGCAGGCCUACUCCACAUAGGAGUGAAUUUCACCCUAUGUGAGGGGACACAAUUUCCCCAUCUCCCUCCCCAAGACACAAAUAACUUUCACUGGUGUAGCAAACAGUGAGAAGCUGCCACUGCACAUGUGCCACUUACCAUUUUCCCCAACUAUUGAAUACACAGUAGCUGUUAGCUAAAAGUUUUUGCUGUUUUUGUUUUGUUUUUCAUGUGUAAAAGAUAUUUGUUAAAAACACAAAGUUCAUGCUGUCUCAAUCCACAAAUGAAGUGGAGAUUCUAGAUGGCUAAAUUGUAAAUGACUGCUGGAAAGAACUUUGGGUCAUGUUUAAGAAAAGCAUAAUAUAAUAAUUUCCUUUAAGAUUAGGAAAACUGAGUUAAUUACAUUAAUUUCUAAAUACACUUUGUGCAUUUUAAUAUCGGCUACCAUAACUUUGGUCUAAGUCCACUGAUUACUGUGCUUCUGCUUCAUGCUGUAUGUACCAUUUUAGCUUCCUUUGAACUACAGUGUAUGUCCAGUAGCAUGGCAUUCUUAGGACAUACACUGUUACUCAUGGUGGUCUCUUCAUAUUUGCGGGUGAAGCUCUUUAAAAUUCAUCACCUUUGCAAUAAUAAUCUUUAUAACCCAAACAUCUUGCGGACAAGAAUGUUAUAGUAAUUGAGUGUAAUGGAUUUUUUUACUGCUUAACUCUUAAUGUAGAUGGUGGCAAUUUUUUUAGUAUUUUGUGCAAAAGAAAUGGGUACGCAGACAUGUUAGAAUAAGUUUAACAGUACUGUAAGUAUAAGAAUGCCUUAAGUAUGUUUCAGCAUAGUGUAAAACUUAAGAGGUCAUUUUGCCUGUGUUUGAGAGGCAGCGUGAUGUGCCAUGAAUCUGUUUAGCUCAUACGUUAAGCUGCUGCUUUCAAUAAGUGUUGGGCAAGAUGGCUUAGAAUUAGACUAAAAUACUGUAUACCCAUAUAUGAAACCAUGUCCAGUGUUUGGUUGUUCAGAACAAUGCUGGAUUCAACAAAAAGAAAUUAAGCUAAACUGUUACUAAUGGGAUAAUGUUUUUCUGGCCACUUUGAUACAAGGCUCUUAGAGUUCGGUGUUUUCUUAUUUGUCAGUUUCUCCAUGGAUCCUGCCCAUAUAAUUAUCCCUUCCAGUUUAAGUAUUCAUACAGCCAUGCUGCUGAAGGCCUACUGUUCUCAGGUUCUGCUCUAGUGCUUGUUGAAGAUAAUGGUGAUACUCCCAUUGACUUAAUGGACUUUGGAUCAGGCCCCAAGAUAUUCAAGCACCUACAUAGCAUUUCUUUGGUAUUUAAAUCCAGUGGCUUUAAGAGGGCUCCACUUUUAGUUUUAAGCAUAAAAGUAAAAAGAAAAAAAAAGAAAUCUGUCUCUCUGGUACUGUGACUGUGCAUACACCCACCCAUCCGCCUAUAAUGAAGAAAAAAUGGUAUACAAAUGUGCUCCAUUUUGCAUCACAUUUGCAUCUCUCUUAGAUAUCUCGAGCAGUGAAUUAGCUGACCUGUUAUUGAACAGAUAAUGGGUGAAAUUAAUUUUCUCACAAUUGAAAAACAAACAAAUGAAAAACCCCAUUAAUUUUAAUUACGAACAUGGGAUUUCUUAACACUGAGAUGUACAUGACAUUUCUUUCACUAGUGUUUGCCAAUAUACUUUUUAAUAGAGUUUGAUACAAAACUUGUUCAGUAUAGCAAUGUAAAAGUAAUUAUUAUUAUAGCAAUAUAAAAAUAAUGAUUCAACUAUGGAGAAGCAUCAUUAAUAUCCCUUUGAAAUUCAUUUAAGUUUUGUAUAUCUCAAUUUUUUUAAAUUCAGCACUAUGGAAUAAGUGUUGUAUUAAGCUCCAGAUAAAGUCAAUCACAGCCUUUCUGUUAACCUUAAAGGAAGGUGGAUCACUCCCUAAAUAUUCAAAUACUGGAAAUUGUAUUCAUACUAAUUUUCUUGCAGUUUGCCUUGGUAAGAAUGUUAACCUGUUCAGAUCAUAUCCUUCAUUUCCCAACAGAAUCAAUGUUUUCAAAAUAAAGAUUCCAUACUAAAUAGGGGCCUGAUUGUACUACUGGAAUCAGUUGUGCUACUCAGCAUGAGUGAGGCUGUCAGAAUUGGGAGAUAGAUUUAUAAUGCAUUUUAGUCUCCAUAUGCAAAGACAGAGCAAUAAAAUCAUUCUGUAAUUAACAAAAAGUUAAGGGUGCAAUUUGCACCUUUCACAUAAAACCUAAAUGAAUGAACUGGGAGAUAUGGGGGAUUGGAAUCCUCCCUUCUGAGCAAGCGGUAGUAGGGCACAGGACAAUUAUACAACUGCUUUGCACCCAUUGCUACAGUCAGUGCUGCACUCCCCACCAAAUGUAAAGGCAGAUGGAUCUUUACUUUACUCACCCACUGACCACAUUCCUGCAUGUCUCUGUAUUAAUCUCAGUGCUCUGUUCCAGCAGACAGAAGGGCUGUGGUGUCCUCCUGCAAUCUCUUGCUUCUCAGAUCUCAACACCUCCCGCUGCAGAGGAUGUGAAUGUCACCCUAACUGUUCUAUUGUGGAUUACCCUUCUCUUAUAUUCACCUCAGAUAGUUUCAUAUCCUUUCACUUAUACACCUUGAGGUCUGAGUUAGACCAUGGUGUAUAUAGUAUAAAUUGAAGGGUGUUUUAACUGCUUUUUCAGUGACAUUCAAAGAGUUCAUACCAAAUGGUCAGUUUAACUAUAUGUUAGCAGCUGUUAAAAGGGUAGGGAAAGUGUUAAUGUCACUUGCAAUUCUUAAUUAAAAUGAAGAAGUGUGUGAGACCUGUUUACCAGGGAGACGAUCCUAUUAAAUACUGAUGUGAAUACUGUAAAAAACUGAAUCAGUCUUUCAAAUUCCAGUACUAAAUUAUUGCUUCUGUGAAAAUCACAGCAAAUGUUUUAAAAUCCAACUUUAAAAAUGGAAGUUGCAAGUCAUUCAACUUCUUUGUUAGGCUAAAAAGUGAAAGCUUUGGUUAAAGCAAAGCAUUCAUACAUGUUAAUAAUGGUGUAGUCAAAAUAUUUAUUGAAAGAAAAAGUAGAGUAUUUUAAAUGUUGCACCUGCCAUUAUCUAAAGCACAUUAUUCACAUCUGCCAGUGCCAUUAUCAAGACUGUUUUAUAAAUGUACAUUUCUUCAAACUAAGUGCAUAAUUUAAAGUAUUAUGUUGCCAUCAUAUAGUGAUAUAAGACAUUUUAUAAUUGCCAAUUCAUUUGUAACUAUUAUUUAUUUAAAAGUGAAAUUGUAAAAUGCUUUCUGAUCAAAGCAACUGGAGUUGUUUUAAAAUACUCCCUUUAGCUUAAUGUAGCAUACGAAAUGUCUUGGGUUUAUUUAGAAUAACUCUGCCAGUAGAUGACCAAUCCUAACCUACCCCCACACCCUAGUUCAGUCCUUUACCCAUUUUAAAGACAAUUUACAGAAGUUUAGUUUUUUGUAUUCUAACCUCUGUUAAUUAAAAUGUUUAUAAAGUUUAUUUUUACCAAAGAGAUGCAAUUCAAUAUAAAACAUUGCAGAAUAAACUUUGUUUUAUAACAUUUGUGACUGUUCAUUGCUGCACAUUUUUCA